CAGGUUUGGGCUAUAAAUACAGGUUUGGGGAUGCGUCGUCUCGUCGGAUCGUAAGAACUGUUUUUGCAAAACAUUUUUGGUUUCUGAAAUUUUGUUUUUCUUGUUGUGAGAAAGAGAGAGAGAAAGAGAUCAAUGGCUUCAGAAGAGGGACAGGUUAUCAGCUGCCACACCGUCGAUCAGUGGACCGAUCUGCUCCAGAAGGGCAAUGAAUCCAAAAAAUUGGUGGUGGUGGAUUUCACUGCUUCAUGGUGUGGACCUUGCCGUUUCAUUGCUCCAAUUCUGACAGAGAUGGCCAAGAAAAUGACUGACGUCAUAUUUGUCAAGGUGGAUGUUGAUGAACUCAAGUCUGUUGCUGAGGAUUGGGCCGUGGAGGCAAUGCCUACUUUUGUGUUCAUAAAAGAAGGAAAUAUCGUUGACAGGGUUGUGGGCGCGAAGAAAGACGAGCUGCAGAGUACAAUUGCAAAGCACGCCGCUAAGCACGCCGCUGCCCCUGUUGCUGUUACUGCUACUGCUUGAGUUGUGUUUAUGUUUGAGGAGAUGUGAAGCUUGGUACCUUGUCAUAGUUGUUUUGUGCAAGUAUUUAUGAAACUAUGAAGUUUUAGUAGGCCCUCUAAUGGUUGAAUGCAUGUACUUAUCUCUUACUGGAUCUAUGUUGAAGGAAAUAAAUCUAUGAAUCUUGGUACCUUCUAGGA